AGCGGCUCCCCAGUGUGCGAUCCUCCGGGAGCCAGAGCAGAGUUCCUCCGUGUGACACGCAGCCCUCCUGCCAACACCAUGGUGCAGUGGACAGCUGAGGAGAAGCAGCUCAUCACCGGCCUCUGGGGCAAGGUCAACGUCGCCGAGUGCGGUGGCGAGGCCCUGGCCAGGCUGCUGAUCGUCUACCCCUGGACCCAGAGGUUCUUCGCCUCCUUCGGGAACCUGUCCGGCGCCACCGCCAUCAUCGGUAACCCCAAGGUGCAAGCCCAUGGCAAGAAGGUGCUGACCUCCUUCGGGGAGGCCGUCAAGAACCUGGAUGGCAUCAAGAACACCUUCUCCCAGCUGUCUGAGCUGCACUGCGACAAGCUGCACGUGGACCCCGAGAACUUCAGGCUCCUGGGUGACAUCCUGGUCGUCGUCCUGGCCGGCCACUUCGGCAAGGACUUCACUCCCGAGUGCCAGGCUGCCUGGCAGAAGCUGGUGCGUGUGGUUGCCCACGCCCUGGCCCGCAAGUACCACUGAGGAGCCGCGGGAGCGCGGCAGCGCCGCACCCGCUGCCCAGCCAACCGCUUCUAACAGCCAAAUAAAGCUCGUCCUGUGAA